AUGGAGAAUAUAGAGAGAGUUCUAACUUCAAUAGAAAACAUUGAAACGUUAGGAACUGCAGCCGAUAUGAAUCCCCGUAUGCCUAAGCUAUAUGUUCGGAACGAAUACAACCAAAAUCCUUUCGAGCUGUACAGUGAGAAUGAAUUUAAAAGAAGGUACCGUUUUUUUAAACACACGGUACUAAAUGUGAUCCUGCCACUGAUAAUUACAAACUUACAACCUUUUAAUAACAGAGGAUUGCCAAUUCUACCGCAAUUGCAAAUACUUAUUGCAUUAAGGUUUUAUGCAACUGGAUGUUUUCAGAUGGUGUGUGGUGAUUUGAACAGCAUAAGCCAAUCUUCAGUGUGCUUAAUUGUAAAUAAAGUUUCCGCAGAGUUGAGUAAAUUACUUCCUAGAUUUGUGAAUUUUCCAAGAAAUAUGACCACAGUCAAAAGGAAGUUUGAAGAAUUAGGAAAAUCUAAUACGCACCAUGGCCUAAAUAAUAUAAUCGGAGCUAUUGACUGUACCCACAUUAAAAUUAAUAGACCCAGAGGUAUCACCCACUCUGAAGCAUACAGGAAUAGAAAAGGGUAUUUUUCUGUAAAUGUGCAAGCUAUAAUAGGGCCCGAUCUCGAAAUAUUUGAUAUAGUGACUAGGUGGCCUGGAAGUUCACACGACAGCAGGAUAUUUAGAAACAGCCAGGCGUAUGCAAGACUGGUAAAUGGUGAACUAGAAGGAGUUUUAGUAGGUGACAGCGGCUAUCCAGCACUGAACUUCAUGUUAACACCACUUUUGAAUCCACAAACAAGAGCUGACAAUAAUUAUAAUUAUUCUCAAUUGAGAACUAGGAAUAUUGUUGAAAGGUUUUUCGGAGUGUGGAAAAAGAAAUUUCCAUGUUUGCAGAGAGGACUACGAUCAAAAUUGACAAAUACCAGCAACAUAAUUAUAGCUUGUGCUGUAUUACAUAAUAUAGGUAUACAGAGAGGGGAUGUUUAUGACGAUGGUGAUCUUACUGAUCAAACACCAGAAGUCGAACAACACAGAAACAAUGAAAGAUCUACUACAGGUCUAGCAUUCCGGCAAUCUGUGAUUGCACAAUUUAACUAGGUUGGUUUGGUAAUAAAGAAAAUUAAAACAAAAA